AUGUUUAAGAAACCAAUCAAAACGAAUGUGCAAUCUCUAACAAAUAGAAAUACUUUUGUUUCCUGUCAACUUGAUGGAAAAGGCAGCCACAGCAUCUUCAUCGCAAAAGAAAACAUUAUUUACCGAUAUGGUCUUAAUCAGCUCGACGGGGCGCCUCAUCAGAUAUCAAGCAAAGAUAGCAUUAUGGGUUUAAAAUUGUUUGGUGAUAUGUGCCUUGGAUCCCAACACUUGUUUGUAAUUACAGAAAACAGUCAAUUGGAGAUCUAUCGAGUCAUCGAUUCUAUGACAAUCUCGACGAAGGUCAUUCAAAACCUCAACGUCAGAUGCUUACAGAAAAUUGAAAUCUUUCUCGAUCAAGAAGAAACAGAAAUUUAUGUGGUGGGUAACCGUUCACUCGUCUACUUGAUCAAGAUGGAAGACGCUUUGUCAUCUUCGUUUUCCUGCCAUGCCAGUCUAAUUUACGCAUCAGAAUAUGAAUUAAUUGGGAGCGGUACUCUGACGGCUACAAAUGAUGCAAAAAAUGAGCUUUUCUACGUUUUGGAGAUUAGCAUGGCCAUUAAUAGAUUAUAUUUCUCAAAAUUUCGUAUGAAUCAGAAACAAUCAAAAGGAUCGGCGGGCCUUCAGCUCUACAAAAAAGACUCCUAUCAAAUGACGCACUUGGAUUUUCCAGCUGUUAUAAUUUUUGUUUGUGAGAAUCAGAGAGUCAUUGCGAUAUCUGAAAAUCAAACGGUUUGUUUUCAAUCUAAUGUUUUGGCACUAAAGAACCACGGUAUCCAUGAGAUUUUGGGAAGAAAGCUUGGCUGCAAACUCUUACCGGAGGCAAGUUACAUAUACAACAGAGAUCGAAUUUUCUUAAGCCUUUAUACAAAUGCAGGUGACAUUUUGGAGGCCGUUGUGGAUCUUGAGAAGCAACAGAAAGUGCUAAAAUGGACAUUAAAAAAAUACGAGACCAUUGAGUGGCCUAUAGGUACAAUUGAGUACUUUAAAAGAUUGAUGAACCAUGUUUUCGUUGUUGUUUCAAAAAUGGAGGGAGUGUCAAUCAUCAAUAUGAAAAAUGGGAAGGUGCUUCAAUCUCUCCCUUAUGAAAACAAGCUUUAUUUUGAUUCGCACAAUAUUCGAUGCAUAGAGGGAAACAUGCUUGAGCUAGCUACAUGUGGAGGCUUUUCUAAGACACUUGGAUUUGUUGAAACCUGGAAAUUAAAGCUUCCAUCGUCCUCAAUAAAGGUUCUUAAAUAUUUUGAUCCCCGUUGCACGGUACUUCAGAAUUUUUGGACUGUACGCGGGACGGUUUUUUGGUAUAAUGGUGAGCUUUAUAACGAGUCCCGUAUGAUUACCAAUCAAAGUGUUGUUCACGUCACGCAGUGGGGCUCUGUGCUAGCUCUUGAUAGAAUUCUUUGUGGUUGUGAAAUCCCAUCUUUCAAUGACUCUUGUAUAGUUUUGAACACAAAAGGAGAGAUCUCGCUAGUAAAAGAGAACAGUAAUGUAGUACUGAGUGCUAUUCCCGAGGUGGAUUGCAAUCAGAAGCAUGCGAUUGCAGCACAACUAUACUCUAAAGAUGAUGAACGAUCAUUAUUUGUAGCAGUUGCGGCGGGGAACAAAAUUCAUUGCUUUAACGGUGAAGGAGAUUUUAUCUCUAUAAAUUCCAAACUUCGUGCCAUCCGAGAUAUUUGCAUCAUUUGCCGGGAGCAAAAUGGUGACUACUUGCUAGCUGUUAGUAGUGACGAGGGAAGGGUAAUAAUAUUACGAUACUGUUCGGUGAAAAAAGGAAUCACGUUCGUUUUCGGCCUUUUAAUUGAUGCUUAUACAGCAACCAGCUUAUGUAACAUCCCGGGAGGUGUGAACAGAAAGUUGGUUUGGGUGUAUAAUGACGCCAAGACGUACAUUUUGAAUGUCGAAAAGCAAAUCUACUAUGAGUGGCCAUUGGGCUUUGGACUCAAGAAAUUGCGCCAUUAUCAAGCAGAUCAAUAUAUGGCAAUCACGCCGGAUGAUCAAAUAAUAACAUUUCAGUUGCUGGGAACGAAUGCGUCUACAUACGAGAAACAGUUGUAUGUGUCUCAAAAGCAUUUGUACCUGCAGCUGGUGCUCAUAGGAAAUCCUCAAUUCGCUUUAAUGGCUGCGGAAGCUACGAAUGCAGGCAGAACACAAAACUUGGUUCUCUUUGACUUGCAAGAGAUGAGACCAUUGUCUACUUUCAAGUUCGAUGUUGCCGGGAUGAUUGGGGAGAUAGUAGCUGUGGAAUCGUCAGAUUAUCAAACGUGCUUAGUGUCUUUUUUAAAGAAAGACAGCUCGGGCAGCAUCUUGUAUCUACUCUCAAUAACGCCAGGCGCGAUUGUGUGCAGUGCGUCACUCAUUGUGGAUGGCAUAAUAAGCGGGAUCGUAGUGCGCGAUGACACCAUAGUUGUCGUGGCGGAAUCUCUGAUUGUGUGUCGAAUGGUGCACUCGGUGGACGCAGGCUGGGACCUGGUCCGUGAACCUAUCUGGUACGAAACACAAGAGGACCUGUCGUGGGCGUGUGCUUGUUUUUUCGAUUCGCGCGGUUUCCUGAAUGUCAUGUCACCCCAGAGCGGAUUGUGCACCUACAACCUGGAUAAAAACGCUAAGCGAAGUGGACCCAUUCAAAUUUCGCGUAGGAAAGACGUGGCCGGCUCUCCACAACCUGCUUUGGAGAUACUAACGCAAAUAGCCGUCGUUUCGGCAGGUCCUUCGCGGAACGGCGUGGGCUCUGCCAAUCUGGCAAGAUACGAUGUGGCGUUGCCUACGGUCUACGCUGCAUGUGCGCUAGGACCGUACGCGUGCAUUUGGGAGGUGGAACCGACAACAAACACUACUGACAGAGCAGAAACCGAACUACCCACUUCUAUGUCGCAUUGGCACUCACACAUCGCAGAAUGUGCGGCAAUAUUGCCGCCAGACCAAGUCGUCACUCGCUUGCGGCCUGUAUGUGCCGAACCAGUGACAUUCUUGGCGACCACGAUUGCAGGUCCGUGCGUGGUCUCACGGCUUGGUCGAGGAUCCUCCCAGGCAUGCGAAACUGGCCAAACCGCCCAGCUUUGGAGCCUGUAG